UUUUAUUUCAUGUUGCAGUCGGUUCUUGAAAAAAUUGCUCCAACAUGGAUGAAUGUUUCUUUGAGAAUGAAAGAUGAUACUGAAGCUGACAAGGCUUUUGGAUGGGUUCUAGAAAUGUAUGGCUAUGCAGUAGCAUCUGCUUUGCAUGGUGUAAGGCAUACUCUUCAUAAAGACUUCAUGCUGCAGCCUCCCUGGGACACUGAGGUUGGCAAAAAGUUCAUCAUUCACUAUACGUAUGGUUGUGAUUACAAUAUGAAGGGAGAACUGACAUAUGGAAAGAUUGGAGAGUGGAGAUUUGACAAAAGAUCCUAUCUUCAGGGCCCUCCACCGCGGAACCUUCCUCUUCCUCCUCCAGGGGUUCCUGAAAGUGUGGUGAGACUGGUGAAGAUGGUGAACGAAGCGACAGAAAAUAUUCCUGGGUGGGACACAAACUAAAAAAUAUAUACCCCAACCGGGAGAGAGCGGUUAACUUCACUGCCUGUGUACAAGAUUACUCAUUCCCGCAACUAGGAAUGUUCACACAGUGAGUUUGAACAGAGUACAUUAUUGAAUCCAACAAUGAGGAAAAUAUCAUGAGCAGUCAAAAUCAGUCUGAUUUCUUGCUCUCUUGCUUUGUCUACCCAUGGUAACCAAUCUAAUGCUCAAGAGCGUAUCAAAUAUUCUUUUGUAGAAAUCUGAUCAUUGAUUUUAAGUUCUAUUUCAUUGUAACUUUGAUGAUCACUAACUUACUUUGAAACAAUGUCAUUAUCCCUUACUAAAGUUACUCCGUAAUCUAAUUGUUAUAUUGAACAUUUUGUUUUUUUUUUGUAUUCGAUUAUCAC